UUCCAUACUCUGAUGAUGGAAGUGGAACAUUAAAUGCACAAAUGGAAGGCCCGGAAGAUGGAGAAACCUAUGUAAAGACAUCUGUCCAAGAGACCAAUAUUUUACAGAGUAACUCUGACUUAGUCGGUGAUAUUGGAUUUUUACACAAGAGCGAUCAACACAAUGUCACACAUACAGAGUCAAACAGACAGACUGUUAUCGAAACACAAACCAUCAAUAUGCUAAAUACAACUAGCGACAAUGGCACAAUUGGAGUUCCAGAUGCUGAAGGAGAUAAUGGAACUGAUCAUAUCAACAAAAUAGAUGACCAUGCUUCCCCAGCAAUAGCAGUUGUUGUUAGUUCACCGAUGAAUAGAGAUACAGCUGAACAGGUCGGCCCAUGGACAGAAGAAAUCGAAGUUGAAGACCUUCAUAAUCUCUUUGGUUGCUUUCACAUCAAAUUACCAGAAGAUCCCGAAAAAAUAUCAUUUACAAGGGAAAUUCUUGGAGAGUCAAGAUUUGCUAAUUUUAUUGAGGAGAUUAGAAAUCUUGCAAGAAGUGUUGUACUUUAUAAAUACCUGAGCGAUGAAGCAAAAACACCUGGAACAAUUUAUGUUUCUGAAGUCAGUGCAAAAUAUAAAGAUACCCAAAUAGUUAUUGAGGAAAAGGAUGCUCGACAGACGCUGGAGUUUUUCCAAGUGAAUAAUCAAAACCUUGUAAAAGUUAUGAUGAUUAAAGGAGACUUGCUUAGCGUUUUGGAGACGAAGAAAAAGGUUUACCAAAAAUAUAAAGAGCUUUAUGACAUUCAAAGUUUUUAUUUACAUCAUGAAUCUGAGCAGUAUACCGAAGUUGCAAAAUUAAGUGCUCACCAAAAAGUUGUAUCUUAUAAGCAAUUCGUUGAGUCAGUGAGAGAUAGCAUACCAUUAGAAAAUAUUGAAGAAAUUGUCAAAGUUGUUGUCAAUCGGGCUUUAUCCAAAGAAAGCAUUACUGAACUGUGCUUUGACACUGUCAUACAAGAAAGUGGAAACACAAAAAGCGAUCCAUACUAUUGUCAAUUAAAUUCAACACUCAAAAGGCUUAAAAAAGAACUGGCUAAUGAGACUGUGCAUUCAGUUAGAAAACAUUUAGUCUCAGAAAUUUGUGCCAAAAUUCAAAGGCAUAUAAAAACAGAGAUUCAAAGCAAACAGAAUAUUGAUCCAGCUUUGAUUCAACCAUUUUCAAAUUUGUCAUCACUGAUACGCCUAGGACGGUUAGCGGCUGUGAUCGCUUCAAUUUUCAAUCGUCGUUUAGGAAUCAUUGUUGCCUUAAUUACUAUUGUUGGUUCAUUACUCGUUCCUGUGGAUGUUAAUUCACGAUCGUGGAGGAGAGAUGUUGCAAACGAAAUUUACAAACAGAUAGAUGAAAACAAAAAGAACCUUUUAAGAGAACUAACAUCAGAUAUCAGAAAGUCAUGCAUAAUUACUGUUAAUCAUUUGAACAUUAUUGUUGGGCUUCUGGAAGACUUUAGAAGCCGCAUUCACUUUAGUGACGAAUUUCCACGAUUGUGGGAAGAAAGUUAA